AUGGAGGUGGAAGAGGAGGAAAGACGCUCUCCACACAAUCGUGGGGAUCCGUGUGUUCCCGAGAGCUUCUUUGAUCGCGUAACGCAAGGGCUACGCGGCGAUCUCGAACAUGAGCGGGACAGGCGUCUCCAACUGGCGGACACUGUCCCGAGGCAUCGAGCCGAGUUUGCCUUUGCUCAGCUUGAGAACGAGAGAGCUCUGAAGUCUCUGCGUGACGAGCUAAGGGUAGCUCGUGGGGAUGUUGGUCGGUCUCGGGCUGAGAUAACUGCUCUUCAGACCCUUGUCGAUGCCCACCAUCGGGAGCACAAGGCUCUCUGCGAGAUGCUUGAGCGCAAGGGCGUUCUCAAUCGGAAGAAGCGGCGUACUGAUGGUACGGCUUAA